AUGACGCUCACCUCUAUGAGGGUGGGGGGAAGCAGGGCGGAGGGAGGGGAGAAGCAGGGAGGAGGGAGGGGGGAAGCAGGGGGAAGGGAGGGGGGAAGCAGGGAGGAGGGAGGGGGGAAGCUAGGAGGAGGGAGGGGGGAAGCAGGUGAGGCAAACCACAAUAGAUUGGGCGGUAAACCCGCUCUCACCUCUGGCUCUCACCCUCUGCCCUUCCCCCUCCCUCCCCCUCCAUCCUUCCCAUUUUGUCUCUCCCUCUCGUCCCUUUGCCCUCUGUAUAUCCACCUGUGUCCUUCCCCCUCUGUCUCUCCUCCUCUGCCCUCCCCCCUGUUCCUCCCCCCUCUGUCUCUCCCCCUUUGUCCUUCCACCUCUCCCCCUUGUCCUUAUCCUUCUGACCUUCCUAUCUCCCCAGCCCGUUCCCUUCCUGUCCACCGCCCAUCAAUCAAGCUUUCAAUUAGGCACUCACUGCGGCUGGACGGAGCAAGGGCGUAUGAGGGAGAUGCUACACACGAUGGUGCCGAUGGCGACGUGGGUAGGGGUUGGCGAUAA